CGGAACUGGUUCUACCGAAUGCUUGUAAAAACUGAGCGAGGUGAGCAAGUAGGGAGAGAUAUGUUCAUAGACGGAUUCUGCAGUCGAACAAUAAGGGCGAAGCUGCGAAAGCAGUUUUUCCCACUCAAUCAUACGCUGCAGCAGAUCAUGGCCGCUGCAGAAGAAAUGGAACGGAAGUUUGCGGCGAACUUCCUGGAAGGAAAAGACUAUUCUAGGGAAGGAGAUUCGUCUGAACUCGCAAGGGCAAAAACCGAACUGGCUGCGAUGCAAAACAAGUUCGAAAACAUGGGGUUUGUGUCGGAUCUUGUCACUUACAUGGAACAGGUAGCCCAUAAACGACCGAUUCCAAGUGAGAUCCCGAGUGCCCCUGUUCCUGUGAUGCCGACGCCUAUACGAACGGAACCCCUGCCCCCAAUUGAGACUCCCAUCGGUGCGGCAGAUCACCGCCAACCGAUCACGCACGAGUUAACGAUCCCCCUCGUGCAGCUGGCCGACGAUCUCCCUCUUGAGAUCGUCUCGCAGAGCGAUGACAUCCCGGUCCCGCACGUUCUCACGCGGACCUUGGCGCCAUAUCUUCAGUGUUCGGCGUGCUUAGAGGAACCAGGAAGCGACCGCAACCCACCAUCACAGCGUGGGUAUCUGGACCCGCACGAAAAAGUCGACCUCGUCUUCUUCCAAGAUCGAACAACUUUCGAGAACGAGGAGGAAGAAGAGCAAGAGGACGACGAAGAAGAAGAAAACGAGGAGGAGUAUGAAGGAUUCGAGGAGGAAGUGCGCGACGAGGCUCGGGCGCAGGCCCAGGCACGGAAGAGGGAAGAAAUCGCGGUCGGGAAGCGACCAUUGGAAUUCGCCAGAGCAGCCGGCCAGCCGCUCACCGACGAUCUGGUCCGGGACCCACAGCCGCCUAAGCCCAAGGAUGGAGAGACAGCUGGCGAGACUUCGGCCGCACCAGCAAGGCGGCGACGGAGCAGAUCCCCCUCCCCCUCCACCACCGACCGCCCAUCAACUCGUCCAUGUAUCGAUGCGGGGCAUCGGGCUUCAUCCCCGGUCCUUAUCCCGCCAGUGCAGCAAAGGUCAGCAUGGCUUUUAUUGAGAGGAGGGCGUGGGAUUGCGAGAUCCCGACGGAAGAGGAGGAACAGGUGGGAAGGGCUGUUUACAUUGGCUACUUGGGCACGUACUCUUGACAGGUGGAGCCUAACCCGUCCUCUGGCAAGCUGGGUGUCGGGUUUCGAUCUGCCAUUUAAUCAUAUCCGUAACGAAGAAGAAGAAGGAUCCUUCCAAGGGAGGCGAAACUUUUCUUCCUUCUCGCUUACCGGGGUUUUUCUCGCCGUCGUUCUGGCCGGAUGCCGCAAACGACGCGAGUGUUCGGCACAACAGACCUUCUCGCUUACCGGGGUUUUUCUCGCCGUCGUUCUGGCCGGAUGCCGCAAACGACGCGAGUGUUCGGCACAACAGAAGCUGUGCUGCUGUGGUAAAGUAACAGAGUCGCGUCGUACUCCCUCGAAAGUUAGUUUCGUGAUCGAUUGAUUCUUUGAUUAAUCGAUUGAUCCCGAGAUUACUCCAAUGGAUAAUCAAUAAAUCAAGGGAUCGAGGUCGGCGACCGACCUGUGCUUUGAUUCCUGAGCCAAUCGAUAGAUCGAUCGAUCGAGAGAGUCGGAUCGUUCGGAAUAUACUGGUCGAUCUGCGUGUACGCAGUUGGUUAAUUCGUUCGCUGAUCGACAGAUCUACCGAUCGAGACCGGAGUGAGUCACGAUCCAUUUGAUCGCUCAGGACCAGCGGUCAAUCUACGUAUUUGAAAAGUGGGUCGGUUGAGUAUUGAAUCUUGAUUACUCGGCUCAUCAACAACUGACGGCUGUCGAGCGAGAACCGGCAGUCAAUCUACGUAUCCGAUCGCUUGAAAUCAGCAGUCGGUCUGUGUAUUUGAUUGGUUGGUUGAUUGGUUCGUUGGGUAAUUUACAGAUCAAUAAACGGAGAACCGAUCUCUAUCCGAUCGCUCGAAAUCAGUGGUCGAUCUGUGUAUCUGGUUGGCUGGUUGGUUGCCGCCUUGGGGGGGUCGUAGUCGAUAGAACGAGGGAUUGAGACCUGAUCGAUCCAUUUGAUCGAGAGCCUUAUUCUAUUUGAUCGGUUGGUAAUCAAUCAGUCAGUGAUCUUUGAGUGUUGGUUGGUUGGUUGCCUCCUCGUGGGGCGGCGGCUCUAAUCGAUAGAACGACGGAUCGAAGGCGGCGGAUCUAAUCGAUAGGACGACUGAUCGAGACCCGAUCGAUCCGAUCGACCGAGAGUCUUAUUCUAUUUGAUCGGUCAGUAAUCAGUCAAUUCAUCUGUGAGUACGCGGAAGGUCGUAGUAGAUAAGUGAGGUCGUUGGUAAGUUUUAGUUGCCCGUGGGCGUCGAGCGGCAAGCGAGCGAACAUGUUGGAGCUGUGUACGAUUUGCGCAAUCGCGCAACGGGCUACGAGGAUCGGCGUGAAACUCGUAGAGAGUGCGGCAAGAGAAGCCGGGAGCCAAAGAUCUUCGUCUUCAUCAUCCUUCCAGGGAACAGAUCAGCCCCCUCCGGCGUCGCGACCCAUUUACGUUGCCAGUGCAGGGUUUUCGUCGAUUUACGCCCCCAGAUGAUGUCGCCACGACUGUACUCUUUUCUCCGCCUUCUCUCUUCGUGAUGACAAUGGUCCAAAUGCACGUUCUCCUCCUUGUCAUCAUCAUCAUCUUCCUUCCGCCUACAUUUGGACCAUUUAUAUCACGAAAAGGAGGACGACGAUGAUGACAAGGAGGAGGACGAUGAUGAUAAUGGGGAGCCUGAAGGAGAUGGUCUGGAUUGCUCUUCAUGGAGGGAAGAGGGGAAGAGUGGGGGGCUAUCUGUGUGCCCGUCAGGAGGAAGGAUCGUCGCGCGGGUGGGAAGCAUGGUGCUGAGAAUGGAUGUGAUGGAGGUUUGAUCUGGAGUUUGUCGCUCUCGUGGGGAGAAUUUCAAUUGAGUGCUCGAUGCCCGGCUGGUGGCGGGCUUGGUCGUUGUGGAGUGACUCUUCACGUUUAUGGACGGAGACAUGAUCUUGCUUCUUCACCGAAUGCUCGGUAGAUUCUUCACUUCGACGUGUUCAGAAAAUGGAGCCGGCUGUAGGGCCAGCGGCUUCGCUGCUGCUGAUUGCCGGUUCGGUUGGUUUUGCUGGACAUAUGACCAAAAGGAGUUUGAAGAUAAAUCAGCAAGCGGCAAAAAAAAAAAAAAAAAAAAAAAAAAAAAGAGGCUAGAGGUCGACAAGAGGCAUAAAUGACCAAACGGGGCAUAAUAAAUGGGAGCAUAGCUCGACUGGCUGUCUCAAAGAACGUCAGAUGGAGAGAGAGAACAGCUAACGGAGAUACCGUUAGCUUGAACGGCACGAGUUUGGUCGCCCCGUUAGCGUGAACGACGGGGUGAGAGGACAGCAAACGGAGAGUCCAGCUAACGGAGAGAGAGAACGGAUAAUGAAGAGACCGUUAGCGGUCUACACAAGUUUAAUCUCGCCGUUAGCUUGAACGACGGAGAGAGCGGAGAAGAUAGCAAACGGAGAGAACAGCUAACGGAGAGAGAGAGAACAGCAAAACGGAGAGAAGCCGUUAGUCGAUUUGCCGAGAGAGAACAAUUACCGAAGAGAGAGGAACAAACGGAGAGACCGUUAGCUCUACGGCACAAUUUGGGCGCCGUUAUUGCGUUCCGUCUAAGAUAAGCCUGUCGUGUCGUAGCAUGUAGUGCACUGGACAAAGAUGAAGAAGAAGGAGAGGAGGGAGAAAAGAGAAAAAAUCAACCCGACACGACGAAGAUGGAGAGGAGGGAGAACAGAGAAAAAAUCAAGCGGACACGACAUUUGGCCUACCAGGUUUGAAUUCAAUUUGGUGGCUACCGUCUUCCCCCGAGCAUAACGCACCGUCAUUUUGCCUGUACCGGACCGGAAAGAUAGCUUCUAUACAUGCAUGAUCAGGGUGCGUUAUGUUCGGGUAUCGGAGACUCAAUCAGGCAGUGACACGUGGCAGCACGACGUCUACGGCGUGUGAAUUCUCGUAUGGCGUGGGCGACAGGGCAUCAUGACAUUUGGACAGACGAAGUGGGAGGUGGCAAAUCUUCUGUUUCGUCUGUCACUGCCGUUAAUAUGUCGUAAUCUGCACUUGUUUAACUCUCUUGUCUAUUUCAGAAAAUCGGACACCAUAUUAUCUAUCUAUCGAUACAUAUAUAUAUAUGUAUAUAUUGGUGGCCGUUGAAUCUGGUAAAAGAGAGCUUCUCUGGGGACUGCGGCUGAAGCUGCGGGAUGCGACUGUUGGAGUUUGAAAUGGAAGUGGAAUCGGGAUAUGGAGUUGGGAUAUGGAGAUCCCAAUCGUGGAGUCGGAAGUGAAAACGGCAGUCACUGUGGACGUGAGAUUACAGGGAACGUGUUUUAAACGUUUAAUGAACGUUGAAAGUAGCGAGUUAAGUUUUCAAUUCUUUCUUCCAUUAGACACUGUCGGUAGUUUUUUUUUUUGUUCAGAGUUUUUUUUUUUGUUCUUGUUGUUGCUGUGCGUUUUGAGUUUCCAUUUGCUGUCGAUAGUUGUAGUUUUGUUUUUAGUUUUCGUUUUUGUUGACAUGGAUAUUUCUUGUUGACGUCAACAUGAAAUAAACCAAGACAGAAGGGUGGCAGAGCAAGCGAGCGAGCGACCGAGAGCAAGAGAGAGAGAGAGGGAGAGAGAGAGAUGAUUUGUAUGCCAGCGGAAGGAAUUUUUGUUUUUUGUUUUUUGUUUUUUCGGUUCGUUCGCGGAAGGGUUCGCAAAUCUUCGCUCUCUUUCCGAAAGGCCUGUCUAGAGCUC